AUGGGAACGAGAGAAGUAUACGAAGAGAAGCUGAGGCGAGGGAAUCUUGAUUAUGAUCCGACAAUGAAUCCUGGUCUUGGUUCUGCUCGUUGUCCUCGUUGUCUUUCUCUCUUAGACCCUAACUCAGAGAAAGGAGAGUGGACAAUAACUUCGGUUUUGCACGAUGCUGCUGCUGUGGCUGGUUCUGGUAUUGGUGGCUUGCUUAGUGCUGUACAUGCCUUCAAUACAGGGAUGCCAUAUCUUCAAAAUAAGUUUAAAGGGUCAAAGCGGCUCUCCUUUCUUGUGGGGGUUCCAUUGCUACUAGGAUAUUCAGGUGCAGGGGCUGCCUUUGGAGGUUAUGCACUCCCGAAGUUUGCUCAGCUGACAGUUACCUCGUAUUAUGCAUCUUCAAGUGCUUCACAUUAUGGGAUUUCUAUGCUCACCCGCCGUAUCGAAGAAGCUCAUCUUUCUCGAAGUAAGAAAGAAGAGGUAAAAUGA